CUCGUCAAGGCACUAGACCACAUACUCAAAACGUAUACUUACAAACAGCUCUGCCCAUAGCUGAGUCCCAAUCGUACUUACAAGUAACAAGUACACAUAGUUUAGUCUCAAGCUUACUGACUAGUACCAAGAUGGGAGUGGACAAGUCCAACCAACCAGCCAGCACAGCCAAGGCGACAGGCGAUGUACAGAAGAAGGAAACGAAAUCUGAAGGCUCAGCUGAGAAAGUGAGCCAUGAGUUACACACACCGUCUACAGUCAGACGCUCACUGUGGCUGCUGCCGCUAGCUGUGUGUGUUGCCUUAUACUCUGGCACACUCCAGGUCCCCCCCGCGGGUAUCGCCAUCAUGGAACACGGCAUGGAGCAAGGCUUACACAUAGUCAAGGCGUUCACUGGCGUAGACGACAGGGCUAGUGCGCGUAUUCCACGCUCAGCGAGGCGUAUGGCGCAAGAAGCGGAAGAGGAGAAGAGAGAGAUGCAGGCUAACCGAGAACGGAUGAUGCAACAACAGCAGAACCAGGGGGGGGCCCCAAGGGCGCAGUAUCCCGGCGGUGGUAUGAAGAAAGGAAACGGAAAAGGUGGUCUUGGACUAAAGAAGCAACCUGGACUGGGCAGAAUGAUGUUUGCGAAUACCAACCAGGCAAAGAAACUGCACGAGCCCGUUAUUCAGGAGGCAAAGGAGAACUCGGGACAUUUUGAAGCCCAAAAGUCGGACGAAAAGGGCCACAUGACUCUGGAGGAGUUUAAGGCCAAGAAGAAGUUGUCGGAAGAGUCACAUGGCGAUGGUCCCAAAUCAGAGGCGGCUAAGGCGUGGCGAGCGAAAGCGAAUAACAAUCCUGUGGAAGCCGUGGACCAUGGACCGGUUGUCGCCACAUCGACGGUUCUGUUGCAACAGACGAAUGGUAUUGACACAGCAGUCGACUCAGUGUAUCCGCCAGAGAGUGUGGAUGAACUAAGGGACUGGUUUAAGACCAGUGAGGAUAAGAAAGACUUCAAGAAAUGCAUUAAGAAGCAACAUGACUUCCGCGCCACCUCUGAACUGAAAAGGGUCGCCCCAGCGGCAAAAUUAGAGGACCAACACCUCAAGAACAUUCAGCAUGGGCAUAUCACACACAUCGAGUUCAAUGAGAGACGCCAAGCCUACUCAGUACAUAUCAGCAACGAUGAGAAGGAGACCGUUUUAAAGGCCACCUUCAGACCCUUCGGUGGCACAGUGAUGGAUCACAUGAAGGGUAUCCGACCAGACAACCCUUGUGAGUUCGAGUCACUUCCUGAUGAUGGUUGGGCUGAGAUUGUAGCCUUUCACCUGGAUGGUGCGCUUGGCCUUGGACAGGCAGACAUUGCAAUUGGCCGCACACUGACCUUGAAGACACUGAAGGAGCAUACACCGGAGAAAUAUCAUCACUACCUCGAGAGAAUAGCCGUCACGGAUAAGAAUACAGGGGCUGCUGCAGUGAAAGGCGCCGUUUCUGCAUCGCGUAUGGUGGGUGACGAUGUGACGGUACCUACUCUACAGUCACUGCAGGCUUUGGAGUUGACUGCCUUCAUGCGUGGGUCAAAGCUGGUCAGUGACAAGCUCAGAUUCCUGAAUGAUUAUGGUGACUACGAGUUCACAUAUGAAGUGCAUGCGGACGGGUACUCUCAGCCGCAUAUGGGUCAACGGGACGGAGAGGUGGCUCGAGCCAUGCAGCAGGUGCAAAACAUUCUGAUGUUUGACUUCCUCAUGCUCAACCCAAGCCGUAUGGAGAAGGUUCGCAGCAAGAGUACUCCUACCUUGUCCAAUGGAGCCGAGAACUUCCAGUACUCCAACAUUGGUAUCAACUGCAACACGGACCGACUGGCAACACGCAAUGGCAUAGAACACACCUUUGAGAGUGCCUCGAGUGUGUACGGUAUGCCAUGCUUCUAUAGUCUCAAGAGCAACGGACGUGGUCUCUAUGAACCACAGUGUCUGGAGGACAAGUCUGGUUACCUUCAAUACUCUGGCUUAAAACUCGACUACGACGCGUAUAAGAAGCUGUACACUCAUACCGAGGAUAGCGUGGUAGGGGACAUGGGUUCAUUCCUGAACAAGAACCUCGAAGGUGAUGUACUACGCUACUGUAUGUUUGAUCCGUCCACUCGCAUCAACAUGGACCAACACCGCCACCGUCUGGGAGAGGAUCUGGUCAAUGCGCUGCAAUGCGACCCUCUGAGUGACUACGGAGACAUCCUACAGUAUCUACCCAGUGAGUGCUACGUGACUGGUCUUAACUACCGCCUGGAGAUGCUACUGGAAAUGAUGGAGUCCUGCUCAAAGCAUGGCAAACGAUUCGAGGAAUGGAAAUCCAAUGCCAAAGAGCAUGAAGAGAAACCCACAGAAGUCAGUGACCAAAGCGACGCCAAGACUUGGUACAACAACCACUGUCCUGUUGGUGAGAGCCGAGUGCACGGUGUAUGGGAGGCCACUGAGGACAAGUCUAAGGCAAAAAUUGUAGAAUCUGAAGCUAACAAAAAGGCCAAAAAGGUGGAGAAUGAGUCUGUGGGUGAGAAACUAGGGAAGGUUGAAGGAGAAGUGGGUAUUGAUGCGCCUGCCAAGCAGCUGAAGAUGAACCUUUGAGAUCUUUAUUGAUAGUCUUUACUGUAUUAAGAGUGAUAGAUAAGAGAUUUGUAUUUUGAUGGGUCUGUGCAAAGAAUGAGACAGUGUUUAUAAAACCCUAUAAUUGAAACUAUACGGUCG